UAAACUGGAAAAGUAGAUAGGAAACGCCGUCGUUCGGUAUAUCUUUCGAACAAUUGGCCAAAUGGAAACAUGUGAGUCGCCGUUUUCACUCUGUUCUGUCAUACUUUUAAAAGCUGUCUUUACUCUCUGAGAGAAUCUAGAGGAGAAGAAAAUGGAGAAAGCGUUAACGAAAGUGACGAGUUUCAAAGUGGGAGGUUCAUGGAUCUCGAAGAAAGCUAAGGAAGAGCUCUCUAACAUCACCACUGACCUCACUACUUUCUCUAGUACCGUUGAAGAGAAAGCCAAAUGGGUUUUUAACAAGCUUAAAGGGAAACCACUCAAAAGCUUACCAGAUCUUCUCAAAGAAUACAACUUACCACCAGGACUCUUCCCACAGAACAUAAUCUGCUACGAAUUCGACGAGACAAAGAACAAACUUACGGUCUUCUUCUCUACACCUUGCGAAGUCACAUUCAAAGAUGGAUCAGCCAUAAGGUACGCUACACGCGUGAAAGGCAUAUUGCUUAGAGGCAAACUGAUGGGUGUUGAAGGAAUGAAGACCAAAGUGUUGGUUUGGGUCAAAGUCACGACAAUCUCAGUCGAGAGCUCGAAAUCAGACAAGCUAUGGUUCACUGCCGGUGUUAAGAAGUCUCGAUCCAAGAAUGUUUAUGAUACGCCACAUGAUGCUAUCAAAGUCGUUGGAGAGUCUUAAGAUGGGUUAUUAUCAUAUUUGAUUUAUGAAUUUCAUAUUGGUUAUUUGGGUUUAUUUGCAUAUUGGAAAGAGGUAUAUAUAUAACUCUCAUUAUGGUCAAAUGUGUUUGUGUUUCCAUGGCGCUCAUGUUUCUUACAUUAUGCAAGAAAUCAAAAAUGUUUUUCAAAAUA